AUGCUUAAGCAAAUUCUCAAAUUUGGAUUUCAGUUAGUCAUUCCAUUGUAUCCAAUGAAUUGGAUAAGUUCAUCAAUUGCACUGCUGUGCGGUUGCUUAUUAUUGACGAUUGUGACAGCAUCUGCUGCUGAGACUGCAUCAGAAGUGAAGGAUCCAUUACAAAAUGAUGAAGCCGAGCGUAGAAUUAGGGCAUAUUACGAGAUUUGUUCAGAUGCACUCUUGUUCACUAGUGGAACGCAUCAGAAAGAUGGUUAUUCAAUGAGGGUCAUGCCAAUAGUGUCAAUAAUNAUGGCACCACCAGCUAUGAUGGCACCACCACCUGUGGUAGCUGCGCCUGUUAUGUCAGUAGCAGCAGCACCUGUUAUGACUGCGCCCGUCGUCUCAGCACCUGUCAUGCCAGCCGCGGCAUCGGCACCGGCCAUGCCGGCCUCAUCAUCGGGAUCGGGCAUGUCGGGCGGAGCCAUGCCUGCCGCAGCGGUCGUUCCGGAGCCAGUUGUCGCAGCACCGGCAGUCGCAGCACCGGUCGUCGCAGCACCGGCAGUCGCAGCACCGAUGGUAAUGCCACCGAUGGCAUGUGGUCCCCCGUGUAUGGCCAGGAAAAUGCUUAAAAAAUUACGUGCCUAA